AUGAAAAUGGAAAUCAUAGAAAAUAAUGAAGAUGAAAAGAAAGAAAAGAAAGAAAAAAAAGAAAAGGAGGAAGAAAAAAACGAAAAAGAGGAAGAAAAAAAAGAAAAGGAGGAAGAAAAAAACGAAAAAAACGAAAAAGAGGAAGAAAAGGAGGGAGAAAAAAACGAAAAAGAGGAAGACACUUGUAAUGCGUGCGAAUUUUGUGAAGAUGUGUGUUUAUUCGAGUUUUGUAAAAAAUGCGAAAUGAAACGAAAAGAGCUAUAUAUCAAGUAUAAAAAAUAUGACUUAAAAAUAUAUCAAAAUAAAUUAAACCGCUCAAUUAUCUUGAACGCAUUAACACAUAAAAAUGUUCUAACAAAUGAAUAUACCAAAAUGAAAGAAAUUCGAGAUGUAAUUAAAACUAAUGAAAAUGAGCCCAAAUAUAAGGACACAGAAAAUGAAGAGAGUGAAAAAAAUGAAAAAAACGAAGAGAGUGAAAAAAAAAAAAAAAAAAAAAAAUAUUACAAUUAUAUUAAGUAUAAAAAAAAUUUCACAUUUUGUGAGAUAAAAAGACAUUGUAAUAUAGAUGAUUGUUGGGUUGUAGCAAACGGAAAUGUAUAUGAUGUAACCAAAUUUAUUGAAAAUCAUCCAGGAGGAAUUAAUUGUAUAUUAAAUAAAGCAACCAAUGAUGUAAGCGUUGACUUUUCUUUUCACUCAAAAUAUGCACAAACAAAAAUUUGGGAAUCUUUAAAAAUUGGGCGUGUUAUACCUUGCUCAAAAUAUUUUAUCAGCGAAAAAAAAACAAACAAUUGUAUUUUUAUGUAA